AUGGUGAGAUCUACGUUGAUUUACAGGAAUGAUGGCCUUCCCUUAUCAGGAUCUGUAGAUGAUGAUUCCGAUCCUGGGUUGCUAGAGCAAAAGAAGAAGACCAAGGCGUUGGUGUCCAGAAUGAACCAAAACUCAGAGCCACGGGCGACAGUGACAAGUGGAGAAUUUACAAUUCAUUAUUUGAUCAACGACUCCAUCGUGUAUCUUUGCAUUUGCGAUAAGCAGUUUCCAAGGAAGCUAGCGUUUUCAUAUCUAUCUGAAAUCUCCGAGGAGUUCAGCAAUUCGCACGGUCAAGACGCAUUGAGUCCUACCACGAGGCCGUAUCAAUUUGUGCAGUUUGACUCGUUCAUGGCAAAGACAAAAAAGUUGUAUCAGGAUGCCAGGGCUCAGUCCAAUCUGGAUAAGCUGAACACCGAGUUGGCAGAUGUCAAGAAAGUCAUGACCAAAAAUAUCGAAGAUCUACUGUAUCGUGGUGAUUCUCUAGACAAGAUGUCUGAUCUGUCAUCUUCUUUGAGAUCAGAAUCGAUCAAAUACAGGAAAGCAGCCAGAAGAAUCAAUUUGGAAGCUUUAAUCAGACAGUAUCUUCCUGUGGCCGCAUUUGGACUUUUCAUCGUUUUUAUAGUCUGGUGGAUGCUAUUAAGAUGA